AUGGUACAUCGUAACCAUGGAGAGGAUAGCAGCGUCCUGGUCUCUUUUCAGCCUCCACUGUUUGGCUACUACACGACCGUACAUCUGCGCGUAUGCCCGAAGAGUAACAGGUCCGGCCGGAGGACAGCGUCGCGUGAAUCUGUCGUUGCUGGGGCUGAAAAUGUCACGACAACAAGGCGGUCAGUAGUCACAGACCCGUGGAUUCCGCGAAUGGAUGUGCCAAAUUCCACUUCUCCGCGGUCGGUAGAGGCCAAUUGGACGGAGUUGCUCUGUCAGGAGCAUCAGGUGAUGGAGCCUCGAUCCGGUCGAGCCGAAGUCCGUCUGCCGGGACCGUUGGAGGAGUUCAACUUCCGACUUAUUGUUUACAUGGACGGCGAAACUGUCCAGAUCACAGAGCCGGUCCACUGGAAUUCACCAUUUCCUCUCAAAAAUAUAAACAAUUACAGUCUGACUUUGGCGUAUAUUCUUGUGCAUGGCCGAGUGCCUGCAAAUGGGGCAAAUCACCUCUUUGACAAGACCAGUAUGGCAAAUUAUUGUGAUUUUGGGGGGAGAGGAGAUUCGUUUCGAAGUGCAUCACCAUGGCGCUGUGAAGGAGUUGCCUAUUCCUCCAGAAUCAAGGCAUUUUUUGAAGGACGGAGGAUGGAAAGGUUCCUGAAUUUUGGAGAACGUCAUGCUUCCGAAUCUGUCGACUUCUGCACAUAAGGUCAAGCCAAGCACACGCAGCCGCCGCGAGAGGUCCUACUCGCCGUGAUCAUUGCCGCCGGUUGUCUGGUCAUCUUCGCCCUGCUUAUCCUCUGCUCUUGUCUCACACUUCGACGAAGGACGCUAGGAAAGAAGCAAGGUAGUCCUCUUGGCAUAUCUGCAGAUGAGCAGUUAGCUGACACUGCACUUGUGCCAACACUUAGCAGCUUAAUGGGUUCAAUUUGUGUGUUUUGA